AUGUCGCUCGAAGGCCUGCAGGAACGACUUGCAGCGUUGCAAGAGACCACAGCCCAGCUACGAGAUUUAAUCGACCGUCUCGCGAGCCUUCGAUUCACGCCUGGGGCGGUACCCCUACGGGUCGACGAGGAAAACACGGUAUCGGCCGAACUGAGCUCCGAAAUAAGCCAGAUUUUACGAGAGGAGGAGGAUGAGCUUGAGAUCUUGAAAGAGGAGACUGAGGAUCUUCGCUCGGGUCGCCCAGGCAGUGAUGCCGAGCAUCAGAAGACAAGGUUGAGGGAUGCCCUCGCCCGGUUGGAGAAGGAACUGUCCUUAUAUCGAAUCUCCUUCCGACAGGCUCAAUUAGCAGCGCGGCAGAGCCUUAUCGAAGCCCAGCGACUCGAACGUGAGAUUCUUCUCAAGUCCUAUUCCGAACCUGUCUCACCGACCGAUGGCGAAACGAACGGCUCGACAACCGUGACACACCCGCCUUUCCGCAAACAGCAGACAACGAGCCUCUCGGAAGAAGAUCAGCAGGUCGUGGCAGCCAGCACCGAGGCCACCCGCGGGCUGCACCGACUACGCGAUAAUAUCGAAAAGGCUCUGCUGGUGAGCAACGCGACGCAUGAGACGCUACAGGAAUCCUCGACUGCCCUAACCCAGGUUGGAGACUCGUAUAUGUCUCUCGACACGAUGCUCUCGUCCUCGAAAGAGCUUCUGGGUACGCUAGUGAAGUCGCAGAAGAGCGAUACAUGGUAUCUUCAGACAUCGCUGUACAUGCUUCUCGUAACCCUGGCGUGGCUUGUAUUCCGACGGUGGAUGUACGGCCCGUUAUGGUGGCUAGUGUGGCUUCCCUUAAGACUCCUGUUCCGGACGUCUGUUGGAGUGAGCAAUGCUGUCAGUCGAUCGGGAGACCACUCGAGUCACUCGAGUGCGCCCGGCCCGGCUAGGGUGGAGGACCAGAAGGCUUCGGUUGAGGGGCUACCAGGCGAUAGUCUACCGACGGCUGAUGUUCAAACGAAACAACCAGACGCGGCACCAGUGGAUCCGGAUUCGAUGAUUGAAAAGGUUGGAAGAGUUGUCGAUGAGGCUGACGGCAGCGGCGAACCGCCAGUAGUUCCUCAACCGUCAGCCGAGGGGGGAACCAUUGAAAAGGACGAGUUAUGA